AAAUUUCCAUCCGACGGCAAUAAGGAGCGCACCGAGCAGCAGAUAAACAAACAUGGACAUGUUGAACCGAAUCCCCCCGCUCUUCCUGCCUCCGUGAUGUACCAUCUGUUCCCGUCGGACCAGAGCCACCGUUAAACCAUGUUCUUGGCCAUGCUCGGUUACCUGCUCAUGUUCUUUCUCAUUUUCUGUGACGGGCUGAACGGUUCCGUCGCAAACCAGCUGACGGUGAAGGCUGGCCUAGAGGCGCAUCAUAAAACCGGGAAACUGCACGGCAAACGUCAGCCGCGGCCGCCGGUGUUGGGGCAGCUCCCGGGGAAGAGCCCAGGGUUAUUAUUUACCUUGAAGGUACAGAUAAACGAUGUGGUCACUCGUCAUUAUCUGGAUCAGGUCAUUGUUGAUGUCUUUGUUAACUACACAAAGACUAACUCAGCCCUUACUGAGGAUGGUGGCGGAGUUGUUUUCAAAGUACCUUACAAACUGGGCCUUACCCUGACUGUCACAGCACGUAAAGGUGGCUACCUACUAGCAUCCUUGCCUUGGAAAACCCAAAGAGUGCCAGUUUUUGCAGCUGUAACUCUUUCAAUGCUUCCACAAAGCCGAGCAAAUCUUUGGCUAUUUGAAGACACUAUUUUAAUCACAGGAGGAAAGAUUGAUGACCGAAGAUAUCCCAGUGUCCAAUUUCCAAAAGGAUUACUGAGAUUACCGAAGAACACCUAUGUUUCUAACCUAACAGCCUAUCUCACAGCUCCACAGCCUCCCUGGGGAACAGAGAACUUUAUCCAUACAAUGGGAACCUUAAUGAACAAAUCAAGACUGAAGAGCAUUGAACUGACACCCCUGGCUGCCAUUAGUGUUCAGUUAUUUUCUGCCGAAGAAAAUGUGAAGGUUGCAGGGUCCAUCCAAAUCACAUUACCUCUUGGACCAACAGACUUGGUGACACAUGCAGAUGCUCUUCCAGCCUGGACAUUUGACCUCAAAAUUGGUGCUUGGGUAAACCGAGGACUUGGAACAGUUAGAAAGGAGGGUGAUCGACUUGUCUGGACAUACAUAGCCCCUCAUUUGGGUCACUGGAUAGCUGCACCAUUACCUUUAACCACAGGUACAAUUGGUCAUAUUGCAAAGGAUAUCACUACCUACCAUACCAUGCUCCUGGUGGCUAUAUUGGGAGGAACUGCAGUGAUUCUUGCAGGAUUCGUGGCUGUGCUCUUUUGUUUCUGCAGAGGAAGAUACAGUCAUCCACACAAAAAGCCAAGAAUCAAGACUAAACUGGAUACCUCAAAGAAGGACCAGACCACAUCAACCACUCACAUGAACUUGCCCUCUGUCACCAAAGAAAAUUUAAAAUCUGACGAAAAGCUUGCUUCUCAACAGCCCAAGAUAGCCCCCUAUAGUCCUAAGAGAGAGCUGUCUCAAAAAGAAGUGGAUGAAUUCUGUAAACUUGUGAAUAAAACCACCGAGAAACAAAAUAACGAGAGCUGCAAAAUUUAUGUUGAAAAUUUCACAAUCCGGUCUCGGAAAAAAUUAGGCGAUAAUCUUCACAGGGAAACAGUCUCUCAGCAAGCAAUCAACAGCCCUAAGGAUUUACCCAAAAAUGCAUUGCAGAUUAAACAUAUGAAAAUGCUAGCCAGAAGAAAGGAGAUGAUAGAAGAGCAGUAUAAAAUGCAGCACACUAACAAUGAAGCAAUGUACCAAUUGCCUCAUAUUUCAAGCAAACUGUUACCUAUUUAUAAUCCAACCAUGGCCAUCAUGCAGACCCAAGAUCUUUUUUGUACUCCAGACCAGGUUGCCAGGUCAGCUACUUUGCCGAGAAAUAAGCAGAUCAUCUAUAGUCCUUUGGCUGAGCCGCUGACCAGGGACAAUUACACUCAGACACUUCCUAAGAUGCCAUUGCACUCCCAACAACAGUCUGAAUCUCUCAGACAACAGCAGAUUCUUCAGGGGCAACAGGACUAUAUAAACUCAAAACAGGCCAUGGAUUCCAAGUCAGUGCUGCCCAUGAACUGGGGAAUAUACACCAACAACCUGCUGGAAUCUGUGUCUGUUCCUGGAACAUUGAAUGAGGCAGUGGGAAUGACUCCAUUUGCCACUGAACUGCAGGGCAUAUCUGAGCAGACAUUGUUAGAACUGACCAAAAGCAAGCCUUCACCGCAUCCCAGAGCAUGGUUUGUAUCAUUGGAAGGUAAGCCAGUACCUCCAAUCAGACAUUCAUGCAUGAUUGUUCAGAAACCGAAAAAGGCACACAGCAAUGAUACAAGCCUCGACUCUGGAGUUGACAUGAAUGAGCACCACACUAGCAAGAAGCUUGAAAAGGAAAAGACUUUUGUCAAAAGUGCACCUGCUUCGAAGAGCCUUUACUCAGAGGACAUGGAUCUGAGUGGCAGCGAAAGCGGGACUACUGUCUGUACCCCCGAGGACCUGUCCUUCAGACACGUGCUGGAUAUAGGAAGCGACCAGAUAGUCGAGGUUGAAGAAGAACAAAGUGACCGAAGUUUGCAGGACGAUGAGAUUAGUGUAACCCCUCCACACAGAAUGGGGCAAAAGAGUACUGAUAGAGAUGGGGAAGAUAGUAAAAAAAGUGUUUGGCAAAAGAGAGAGGAACGACCUCUGAUCUCUAUAAACUAAAUUGAAUUGCUUUGAUUCCAAACUUUACAAUGGAGCAAAAGCAUGUUUUUGGUUCUAUGGUUAUUUUAUUGAUUAGUUACAAUUCGUGUUACUGAAUAAAGACACCCUGUUUGAAUAAGGUGUAUCUUUUGGAUCACUCAUCUUCAAUUUACUGUAAAUAAUUACACACAGGGUUAUUAAGCAUCAAGUUAUUUGUGCCCUUUAGACUUUUGCACCAGAACUUGUUUAUAAGAAAUUGAUAAAGGUUACCUUAUCAGUUUGCAGUAUCUUUUUACAACCUAAUCUUGUACCCUUUCUCUUUCAAACCACUUGCCCGUUUUUAAAAUCUCUCACCUCUGCCACUGUAAAUCACAAGCAAGAAAGAAUGUGAAUUUUUGUCUCUUGUAUUAAUGUUUAAUGUCAGUCUGUUAAUACCCUGCCCUCCAAAGAUAGAGAAGGUUAAGCCCAAUUCUUGUCUGUUGUGAUCAGUUUGUGUGGUGCCCAGACAUGAGAGCCGAUCUAAGAAUUGAAUAAAUAUAUUCUGAAUAGAAUGCUGACUUAACUUGAAUCUGUAUCAACAAAAGGAUGAGAUACACAGCUUCAACUUCAGAGAGCUGUAAUGACGUGUCGGUAUUUAAAAAUGAAAAUAGUAGAAGACACUGCCUUUUUCAAUUUAUACAAAUUAAAUUUAUUUCCAAAACUUGAAACGGUAUAUAGUUUUACACUAAAGGAUACUUUUAUAAAAUGUUAUGCCACGUGUGUUUUUAAAAACUCUAAUCCCAAGAAGCACAAACUUUUCAAAUUUACUAAGCAGGAAAAGAUUGUAAAACAUUGUAUGUGAGUACAGGAGUAAUAAUUCACAUGUUAAUGUUUGCAAAGUCCUGGGGUUCAAUGAUGGUUAGUCUGGCAAUAUGCGAGGCUGCUGUUCAUGUGUAGAUAGAUAGAGGCAUAUAGUUUACAAUUAAAUCUAAAAGUCUUAAUUAUAAGCAAUAUUUGUGAAUCACCUUAAAAUAUGGAAAGCACAAUGUCAAAGUUAAUUCUCACUGAAUUCUAACCCCGCCCAUAAAGGCAUAACUAUCAUUUGUUGUUUUUGUGACAGAGGUGGGCAGAAAAUAUUGAAGUCAAUUGUUUUUAGAGUUUUGCCGACGAGAAACGUCGAAGCAGACAUAAAAAACUAAUGUUUGCUUCCAUUGUUCUGAUUCAUGUAAUGAGCUCCAAUCAUUCUGUUGCAUCUACAUUGUUUUAUUUCCAUUUAGAUAUUCUUCAGAUUCUGAGAACCACUGGGACUUUUAAAGCUGAUAAACUACAUGGCACCAUGCUGCUGAUGUCAAGGUUACUCUAGUUUGCCACAAUCCAGACGGUUCUCCUGAGCAGAAUACACUUUAGAAUACGGCCCUGAAACUAAUUCUGCUUAAUCUUGGUAACUACAUGCCCUACAGAUUCGAGUCAUUAUUUUAUUUUGAACAAGGUACAUAUCCUGAAAAACAGUCUGCAUUUUUGUUUUGUAGUUGACAAAAUGCUGGAACAAAAGCAAGCCUGCUGUUUUGUGAAACCAUUGGAAAGUAUUUUAUUGUAUUAUAUGUUUUGAGAAAAGUGUUUGUUUAUUCAGUGUGGUGUCAAGCAUGGUUGCAUGUUCCUACAUUUUUGUUCAUUAUCAAAGCCAGUUUUGCCAUUAGACUCCCUUGUUCAGUGUAGUAUUUCUAAGGAAUAGUGAAUUAAUUCAGAAUUGUUUUGAUGCAUUGCUUAAAACCCAAUAAAAUGGAACUGAGUUUUGUUUACGUUGUGUUUGACUCAAAUGUACGUAAUAUAGCGCAUAGUUACCUAAAAUGUAUUUGACCUUAGCAACAUACUGUGGAAUCAAUAGCUGUGAAAGCGUUAGUGUGAAAUUCCUUUGCCCAUUAUUUAACCAGAAGCACGAAUGCCUUUAUUUUAAGCAGUUUGUUGUUGUCACUGAAAUGAAGGAGAGAUGAAA